AUGUUCAAGCGCUCGUUCCGUCACCACCAUGACGCCGUGCGCGUGGACAAGUCCUCGCGGGUCAAGAAGUCGGGCCCUGUCCGGGAUCCCACGAAGCUUUCGAAACUGCAAAGGUCGCUCACCGAAAAGGACGCCUUGCUGAACCCGCAGCAGCCCGCCGCGCCGCCGUCGCCCAUCGUCACCCUGACGGUCGGCCGCGAGGGGCGUCUAUUUGCGGCGCACGAGGACGUGCUCCGGCAGUCGCCGUUCUUCGACGCCGCCUGCCGGUCCGCCUUCCCCGAUGCGCAGAGCCGGAGGAUAUCGCUCCCCGAGGAGGAGCCCGAGGUCUUCUCCGCCGUGCUCGAGUACCUGUACAAGGGCGACUACUACCCGCGGCUGGUGCACAACCGCCACCGCAACUCGUGGGAGCUCGAGGACCGCGCCGCCCCCGCUGGCGGUCUGCGGACUCCUUCCGCGUCCCCCAACCCCGACGCCGGCGGUCGGGCCUGCGCGGCCGUCCGCCUCGACAGCUUAGGUGCCGAGGUGCUCCGCGACACCGUUGUCUACUGCGCCGCCGAGCGCUACGGCCUCGAGGACCUCAAGUCGCUGGCGCUCCGCAAGCAGGGGCUGCAGGCCGGCAUCGACGUUGCCACCAUCCUGCGCUCCGCGCAAUACGCCUACGCGCACACGCCCGACUCGGACAGCCGCCUGCGCGCGCACUACCUCGCCCUUAUCAUCCGCUGCCGCAAGACCUUCAAGCGCAGCGGCACCAUGCAGGCUGAGAUGGAGGCGGGCGGUACCAAGCUGUUCUUCGACCUCUUCGUCGCCAUGUGCAACCACCUCGACGACGUCAUUGACGUGAACCACCCUCGCACCCCAAGGACCGUCUGA